AUGCUUAAUAUGGCUAUUCAACAACAGCACACCAAUUUAACUUGCUGCGAAGAACUGAAACAAUCAUUGGGUCCAAGAGCAAAAGUGUUUUUGCCGACGACAGAUGGCUAUUCGCAAGCAAAAAGAAUAUGGAAUGGCAUGUUUGACAAUCAUAGUCCAGCACUGAUAGUUCAGGUGACCGGUGUUGCUGAUGUUCAAGCUGUUCUGAAAUUCGCACAUCAACGUGAGCACAUCCAAAUUAAUCUAAAAACCAUAACUCAUAUAGUGUUUUAUGUCGUAGAAGGAUUAACUGUAACUGCUAAGGCCGGCGGUCACUCAUUUGCAGGCCUUUCCACUAUUCAGGACGGUAUCGUUAUUGAUUUCAUUCAAAUGAAAAGUAAGCUAAAUUUAACAAAAAGAGAAGAACCACACCAUAUCGUUGUUGGGUUUUUAGCUGUCAUUGUGAAUCCAGGGAAAAGAGAAGUCCUUGUUGAACCCGGCGUUCUACUUGCAGAGCUAGAUCAUGAAACUCAAGCGUUCGGUUUGGCAACUCCAACCGGUAUUUCCAUGUGUAUAUCCACUUGGGUUUUUGUUCAAUUUUUUUUGAAUUAUUUAGGAGUUGUUAGUUAUACUGGUGUGUUUGGUCUAGUGCUGGGAGGAGGUGUUGGUUGGCUUUCGAGAAAAUUUGGUGCAUCGGUUGAUAAUAUUUUGUCUGCGAAUGUGGUUUUAGCCAAUGGAAAACAUGUGACCGCUUCUGCAGAUGAGAAUCCUGAUUUAUUUUGGGCUUUGAGAGGUUGUGCUUCCAAUUUUGGUAUUGUUACUUCAUUGGUAUUGAAAGCUCAUCCAAUUGGAUUAUGUUAUCGAGGAAAUUAUAAUCAAAAAUUAUUUGAUGCUAAAGUCUUGGAACAUCGAAAAUAUUAUGCCAGAUCAGGGUCAAUUGAUUUCGAUGAUAUGACAAUCGACUUUGUGAAUUCUGUUGUUGAAUCGAUAAACACUUUAACUUCACCUUAUUCAUUCGUCGAAUUAGUUGCUAUUGGUGGUAUUAUGAAAGAAAUAUCAGCUGAUGAAACUUCUUACUUCCAUUUGAGAAAACAAGAUUGGCUGGUUAAUAUAAUUACAUCGUGGUGUGAAGGCAAUGGUGAUGAACAUAUAAAUUGGUGUAGAGAAACAUUCAGAAAACUGCAUGCAAAAGCGCCAGCAGCUUAUUUGAAUUUAGUGAUGAUGGAUCCGCCCACUAACACUACUUAUAAGGAACAAUUGAAUAAUGCAUUUGGAUCAAAUCUAAAUAAAUUAAGAAUUAUUAAAAAGAAAUAUGAUCCGUUUAAUUUUUUUCGUCAUAAUCUAAAUCUGUUACCAGCAGAUGAUAAUAACGAUAAUUAA